AUGGCAUUUGGCUUCUCCGUUUUGUUCCUUCCCGGCCUGAACGCUGGGCGAAGCUGCGCUCGCUUGCGCGACGGCUUCUCCUGCGUCGCCAACCCGGAGUGCGGCUGGUGCGCGCACAAAUUCUCCUGCGUGCCUGGCAACGAGAGCGGCCCGCUCUCGAGUUUGCGCUGCGACGGCAACUCGAGCGAUGUGGAGCUGCAUCGCGCCAAGGUGCUCGACAUGAACUACCGGGUACCGCACGUCGAGGGCUGCACCAACGAAGAUCGGUCCAAGUGUGCGCGCUACCACGGGCCGCUGUACACCUAUACUGCCGACGAGCUGAACGCGACGGGAUACCGCGGCGUCAACUACACGUACAGCGCGCCGGAGAUCUGGGACGUGCUGUGCGAGGCGGGCGGGAUGCGCUCCUCGGCCAACUCCACCAAGGGGAGCGGGCACACGCCCUACUGGACGUCGCAGGCGCGCGAGUCCGCGACACAAGCCUCGACGUCGCCUCCCGGCCUGAUCCCCGCCUGCGACUGCCCCGACGGGCGUGCGGGCAUCACCUGCGGCGGCUGCAACGCCGACGCGGGCUGCGGCGCGCGGGAGGAGUGCCGCCGCUCCUUCUCGCUGGGCAGGGGCGGCAACAUCUCUUGCGAGAUCGAGGAGAUGGUGCCCGACUACAUGAAGCUGAUGACGCAGUGGUACAACGCCUCUGGCACGAGAGUCGAGUUUGGCGUCUCGAGCAGCGGAGGCUCCUUCUUCCGGAUGAUGCGGGUGGCCGAGAACCCGAACUGGGCGGGCUUCUACCCCGAGAACGACGCGACGCCGACCCACGGGGACGGAGACCGCAUCCUCUCCGGCGGGAUGGUGCUCUUCACUGGCGAGGAGACGAGGGCGAGCGACAUCGCCUGCCCGGCGCAAGUGGAGGGGGAGGUGUCCUUCCCGUGGUCCGAGGGGGACCGCUGCUUCGAGUGGCAGAGCAGCGCGGAGCCGGAGAGCACGACCUCGCACUACCAGAACAACGGCUGGGCGAGGUACGCCGAGUGCAACCUGAUCCGCGCUCAGCUCACUCCGCCCGUCCACGUCAUCUGCAGAGGGCGGAGCGGGCAGCCCCUCCCGCCCCGCGCCUCCUCGCCGUGUGUCGUCCGGCUGCCCGUCCGGAGCCUCUCCUUCCGCCUCACCUGCCAGCUGCAGGGCGAGUGCGUCGAUCCUGCCCAGAUCUCGCCCCCGUCGCCGCCGCCGCUGCCGCCCGCGGCGCCGCACUACAGCGACGUGUGCGGCUCGCCCGACCUGACGACGUAUGCACACUGCUGGAUGUGGGCCUCGUACGCGACCACGUGGCUCCUCCUCGCCGUCGGCCUGCUCCUCCCCUUCGUGGCGCGGUGGUGCAUCGCCCUCGGAACCGGCUCCUGCCUCCGGCACGCGCGUCCCCCGGCGUCGCGCCGCUCAGACAGCUUCGGCGCUCGAAGCCCUCUCGUCGCCGCGCCACUCCGCUCCUCGCCGCAGCAGGACCAGGGAGGAGGGACCGCCGACCUCGCCGCGCCCGCCGCCGCCGACGCCGCCGACGGACGCCGCAGCGCGCUGCGCCCGUCGACGCCCGCCGAAGGGGUCGAGACGUCGGCAGCGCUCGGGUUCGCCCCUCCGGCGUCGCACCGCCGGACUCCGUCGGGCGUGCCGCUCCUCGCCGACGUGCAGGCGGCCGCCGCCGCGCGCGAGUGUCCGCCCGCCCGCACGGCCGCACGGGCAGGCCCCGCCGCCUCUGGCUCCGCGCUCAGCUGGAGCGGCGUCGCGUACGACGUGGGGCGGAAGCGGAUCCUCGAGCCGAACUCGCACCGGCUCUGCCCGGGCCUCUCUUGCCUCAUCGGCCCGUCGGGCGCCGGCAAGUCCUCGCUGCUCGGUAUCCUCGCCGGCCGCAAGUCGCGCGGCCGGCUCCGAGGCACGGUCGCGCUGGGCGGCGUGCGUGCGAGCUCCGCCGAGCGGCGGCUGCAGGUCGGGUACGUCACACAGGACGACGUGUUGCCCGGCACUUCGACCGUGGCGGAGCACCUGCACUUCCACGCCCGCGUGCGGCUGCCGUGGCUGCCACAGGAGCAGCGGGCCGCCGUCGUCGCCUCGACGCUCACCGCCCUGUCCCUCACCCGCAAGGCCUCCUCCCUCAUCGGAGACGCGCACAUGCGCGGCCUCUCUGGCGGGGAGCGGCGCCGCGUCUCGGUGGCGGUCGAGCUCAUCGCUAUCCACGGCAGCCCUCGCAGCGUGCUGCUGACAGGCAGCCCGCGCGGCGUGCUGCUGAUGGACGAGCCGCUCUCCGGCCUCGACUCGACCAACGCGCGGCUCGUCGUCGCCGCCCUCUGCGAUUUGGUCGGCGUGGCCCUCCCCGCCAACGACGCGGCCGCCCCGCCGCCCGCCGCUCUAGCCGAGCCGGCGGCCGGCGGGGAGGGCGGCGCCGCGGGCGGCCGAGUCUGCGCUUGCCCGACCAUCCUCCUCUCGGUGCACCAGCCGACGUACCGCUUCCUCGAGGCGAUGACUGGCCUCGUGGCGAUGGCGGCGGGCGGGCGGCUCCUGUACGGCGGCCCGUGGUUCGACGCAGACGGCGCUUCGCCCCGGCUGGCCCAGAUCUCGCCCAACCCCGCGGAGGCGCUGCUCGACGCGCUUGCGGACCCGAGCGGCGCGAUGGUGCUCAAGAUCGAGGCGCUGCUGCGGGCGGAGGCAGGCAAGGCGACCCCGCCGGAAGAGAUCGCGGAGCCCGCCGCCGAGGCGGGCGGCUGGCGCGGCCUCCUCGUGCGCGCCGCGCGCCGCGAGUGCGCGCCCGUCUCGUUCGCGAUGCAGCUCGACUCGCUCUCUGCGCGCCAUUGCCGCCUGGCGUUGCGGCACCCGAUGCUGAUCUGGGUCAACCUCGUGUCGACGCUGGUGCUCGCCGUGCUUGCGGGGUUCGCCUUUUGGCAGACGGGCAAGAACAACGCCCUCGACUCGGGCGUGCUGCAGCGGAUCGGGCUCCUCUUCUUCCUCAUGCUGGUCUUCAUGCUCACCUCCCUCAUCAACAUCCAGCUGUGGCACUCGGAGCGGCUUCUCUACUUCCAGGCGAGACCCGCCGAGACCUGGCCGAGAUCUGGCCGAGAGAUAGACGGCUGCUACAGUGCCCACACCCUUCCUCUCAUCCUGUUCUCACUUGAGUCGUCCGCCGGCUGCUACGGCCCGCUCGGCUACGUCGCCUCAAAGUUCCUCUUCGACGCGCUGCCACUGCGCGUGGUGCCGUCGCUGCUCUGCGCGGCGAUCGUCUACCCGAUGGCGGGGCUACACUCGAGCGCGCCGCUCGGGGCCGCCCACUCCGCCACCGGCCCGCCGGCGGCGCUCAUGUUUGCGCUCGGGCUCUCGCUCGCCAACUUGGUUGGCUACUCGCUCGCCUCGGCCAUCGGGAUCGCGUGCCGCUCGCCCUCGGCCGGCAUGCAGCUCGGCGCGAUGCUCGCGCUCUACUCCUUCCUCUUCUGCGGCCUCCUC